UCCGUAUUUCUGAGUGACGAAUCUUUGCCGUUGCAAAGUCAAUACAACAAAUAUUCAUUUCGUAUUAUUACGACAAAGCUUCUAUGACGUAAUUAAUCGUAUCUAUAUUUACUUAUAACGCUGAAUAUGCUGAACGGAAUUCUUAUGGAUAUUUUGGUAAUUCGAUGCUAUGUGCAAACAAGAUACUCGACUUAAUACGAGUAUGUUCGCCAAAAGACAGUGGAAAUUGAAGCGGGUUAUCAACGCUGCUCAAUGUUUCCUCCAGCUUCACAAGACAGACGAAUGUCCGAACAGCGGAGAGGACAGCGACGAGGAUGUAAUAACGGAUUACCUGAGUUCCGCAAAUCCCAACGAUAGCCGAGUAGCCAGAGGAACAGACGACGAGUUGGAUGGUUUGACGCUUGACGGAGGUGCCUCAGAGUCCGAGUAUACGAAGGACGGGUCUUCUGUCAUUGUAAUGUCGGACAGGGGUUUCGACCAGCUCAAGCAGCAUCCUGGAGGAAUCGGUGCACAGCUACGCUCUGCGGGGCCGCUGGUACCGAUAAUCAGUGUGACUCCCCAUUCUCCAGGAUUUGCAAAGCACUAUCCUGUUCUUGAUGACAACCUUCGUCAACUACACGAAAUACAUGAAAGCAUUCAGCGAAUGCGGGAUUUGACGCUGACCACCACCGGUCACAAUGCUCGCUCUCGCCUCCAUCGUCAUCACACGCAAAGGCUCAGUUCUUCUUGUCCCUCGCUUUGCCCUCUCAAUCCCGUCCCUCUCCGUACUCAUGAGCAUCAAGAUACCAGCUCUGACCCCGACUUGUUAGUCGACGGUUCGGCCAACAGUUCGCCCACCCAUUUCCCCUCAUCUAAUCGCCACUUGCCUCAUGGCAGUCAAGGAGUCGACAGACGACGAAGUUGGACCGAUCUUGAGGAUUCGAGACGAGGGUCUCGCCACUCUGGACAGGACCAUCACCUUCACCUACAAACCCGAACGAUGGAUGAAACAAACGUGUUGAACGUUUUUUCGUUUCAGCGUCAGCGGAGUAUAAGCCUCAGUAGCUUGGAGAGUGAACUAGAUUUAGAUUUGGAUAGUAAGCCUCACCCCACCGGAACGGUACCCGGAAGCAAGGCGUCUAGAUCUCAAGCCAGUACUCAUUCACUUAACGAAGCAGAUCUUAUUCAGGGUGACUUCCAGAAGAUCGUUGCAAAGAGAGAGAGGCUCGGUGAGAGCGGAGGCCUGAUGCCUGGAAUUACUGGCUCUCGUCUACCAUUGCAGAAAUCCAUUUCAACACCCUCAAUUGUCACCCCCCCUGUCCACACACACCUUACGGACUCUGGGACUCGAACUACUCCUCUGCUUACCGCUAUUCUACAUGGGCCGGGACGUCAUGACAGAGGCAGUGGAAGCGAGACAGAAACUGAGGAUCUUAUUCCACAACGGAGCCACGGAUUUCACGAAGAUUUGGCCAGAGAAGGUACACCCAAUGCUCAAGCCUCCUUUUACGAGCUGCUUCCCGAUGGAGUUGCGGAUGACGAUAAUCAUUCGGAGAAGACACGCCGGAAGCGAGGCUCUCUAUUCUUCCGCAAGAAGAAGGAUAAAAGCGGCAAAAAAGCAAACCAAAGUCACCAGCACCAGUGGGUGACGUUAGCUGCAGCCAGUCAUCAAAGUGGGGCGACGUGUGAUUUUUGCACCAAGCAGCUGGUGGCGAACAAGCCAGCUCUACACUGUGAAAAUUGCGGAGUCACGGUCCAUCAGAGCCAAGGAUGCAAGGAUCAGCUGACGUUGGAGUGUGUCAAGCACAAACAAAAUUCAUCAAAAUCGGGAUCCAAGUCCGUGUCUGGCACUCCAGCAGCAACCAACAACACUAAGAGAGGGUCGACGUCUUCAUUACCUCCUCCUUUAUCGACGAACAGCGGGAGGGAGAUUAGCAACAAGAAAACCGCAACGGGAUACAGUCCUUGGCGGCGAGUCGCCACCAAGCUAGGAGUCAAUCAAACGAUCAAUGAGGAAAGAGACGGGGAUAGCACUGGACACCAUCGCGAAGCGCCAAGUAACUGGGAAGAACACGAGUUUGGCGAAGAGAGUCAUCAGUUUAACGUCGGUGAUUUGGAGGGACUGGACCCUGAGUUGGGCUUGGGCAAAGAGGAACCCGAUUCAUGGACUGCAGCUGUGGGGCGCAACGUAGCCAGGGGUCUUGUAAAUAGCUGUGAGCGUGAAGUUAAACGACAGGAGCACAUAUACGAGUUUGUCUUGACCGAGAAACAUCACUGCCUUGUUUUACUGGCUAUGGAGCGAAUAUUCGCCGAUGGCCUUAGACGUCAUUUUGGCCUACCACCUACAGAUCUCGAACGAAUGUUUCCUCGGCUAAGAGAUCUUACAGACAUUCAUCUGAAGUUUCUAUUAAAGCUGAGGAGACGCCAACAGUCUAACUCCGUUGUGCCAACUAUAGCGGACAUUUUGAUCGAACAGUUUUCCGGGGGUAACGCCACGUCAAUGAAAAGUGCGUAUGGUGAUUUUUGUAGCCGUCACCGUGAAGCAGUUAAUGCUUACAAAUACUAUUAUCGCAACGAGCCCAGAUUCGUCCGCUUCGUACGGCAUUGUCAGGCAAAUCCUCUCUUGAAGAAGAAAGGAAUUCCAGAGUGCAUUCUCUUCGUCACUCAACGUUUGACAAAAUACCCGCUGCUCGUUGAACCUCUGAUCAAGACAGGGGUUGCAUCCCACGAAGUCGAAGAUCUACGCCAAGCAUUGCUCCUCGUCAAACAAAUUUUGGGGGAUGUCGAUGCCCAAGUUGCCGACAAGGAGCGAGCUGAUCGAAAGCUAGAGAUCUAUCACAGAAUCGAGGCCAAGUCUUUUGCCACGCAUCGAGGUAUGAAGUUCAAAAAGUCGGAUGUACUGGGAAGCAACCGUACCCUCAAAUUUGAGGGUACAGCGUUCUUGAUGCAAGGUCGUAGCAAAAUGGCACCUGUGGUUGUUGUCGUUCUAUCGGAUGUAUUAUUCUUUCUUGCUGAAACAAGAGAUCAGAAAUAUGCAUUCUUUGCACCAGAUAACAAAGCUGGAGUUGUCUCACUUCAGAAAUUACUUGUGAGAGAAAAAGCUGGACAAGAAUCCAGAGGCAUAUAUUUGAUAAGCAGUAACCCCUCGGAUCCAGAAAUGUUUGAACUGAAAGUGCAAAAGCCGAAAGACAAACAGCUCUGGAUACAGGCAAUAAGAGCCGCAGUUGAAACCUGUCCGCAGGAUUUAGAAAACGAAAACGACGAAUUGGGUAACAACGGAGAAAACGAGCAUAGGGAUAACCGUUCUUCAUCUGUAUCAACAAUAUCCGCCGAAGAGAGACAGCGUAUUGUCGACGCGAAACAGUCACAUAUACGCGACAUUGUCGAUGAACUGCGCAAAAAAGAUGUAGAACAAGCCGCGUUACUCGAAGAGAAGAUGGGAUUGCAAUUGAGACUUCGAUCUGCUACCGGUGUGUGGAACACAAAUGAAAGUGACAACGAACGAGAGAGUCGAGAAGACAGAGAGUUGCCCGACUGCAGUAAAUUAGUGCCAGAUUACAAACGACUUGUGCAUGCUGACAUAGGUUUAGUCUGGAACGAGGCUGUGGUUGCUGUUCAGAAGGCGAUGCGACUUGCCAGUUCAUUGUCAUUUAGUACAGGAAGUGCAACUCUUUCACGGAGUUUAAGCUCUGCCGGUGAACGGCAUAGUGAAGCCUAUGUGCCGCCAGCACUGUGUGUACCUAGACGUGCGGAAACGUUUGCUGGGUUUGAUCACAAUAAGGAGCGUUCCCCGUGGCGCGACAACGCAACUUUGAACUCUGUCAUUCCUCCGAUGAAGAUUGGUCAUUUAUUAAAUGAAUUGGGGGAAGGAAAAGAGGAUGAAGAAGCAGACACUGAGGCCGAUGGAAAUCGAGAUCAACAAUUAGCUGCCGUUCAAUUGUCACACUACGUUUACAGGCUCUUUUGUAUAGUCGCGAUUCAAAUGACGACGAUCAACAGUCUGCAAGCACAGCUGGCAGCUUGUAAAGACGGAAGUGGAAAGUCGACAAAUAACAGGCCAAACCCUAAUCGGCAACUCGAAGAGCUACGUAAUCUGCAGGAUCAACUUAGCCGUGAAAAGGCAGCGUGGCGUGCGUCAACUCAACAGGAGCGUACCCAAAUGGACGAAGAGAGGGCCCAAAUCUCAAGGCUGCGGGAUCAAGUUACGGCCGACCAGCGUGAUGUCACGCAACAACGCGAUCAGUUGUAUCGACGAAUCGAAGCGUUACAGAGGCAAGGCGUUUCUCUGGUUACACCGGCUGCAACCGGAGCUGCACCUGCACACGGGAGCCAAAGUACGGACACACUGCCAUCGCGGAAAAGUCAGGACAACAAACGUAUACCAUUGAAUUUGAUCAGUGCUACUAACCAACAGAAAGUUCAGAGCAGCCUUCCUCCAGUCAAACAACAGCUGCCUUUGAAGCUGGCCAGUGGCAGCAACAACAAUAAUUCUAGAAGCUCGGGCAUUAUGGCCAAUAACAGCCCGGAUCGUCACUCAAGAGCUGGUAGCAGUCCAGCAAUCGUGACAAGCUCAUCGUUUUCAUCACCCGACCUCAGUAGCAGCAAUAGUUCUAGCAAUGUUAACACCAAUACGCAGACUCGAUUACGAGCAACUCGUUCGCCUCCUGAACAGCAGCAUCACCACCACUACCAACAGCAGCAGCAGCAGCAGUCACAACAAUCACAACAACAACAACAUCAACAGCAAAGGACGGAACAACCCCUAGAAGAAGAAGUUAUAUUUUUCUGACGGCUCUUUAGAUUCGGGCGCAAACAUCAUCGGCCACCACGUGCGCCGGCCUCGCCUCCUGCUAUCAUUUCUACAAUUCCGGCGAGUACACCGACUCCUUCACGAAGCCAACAAAGGCAAUCACAACCCCCAAGAAGUCGAGUCAAAUCAUUUUGACUCUUUAGUUGAGACACCCUUUCCUCGUACCUCUCCCAACUUUUCUCGAGGUGAAUCCAGGUAUGACAGGUGUCCCACUAAUAAAGUUAUAAAACCGUUCUGGAUUUUUAA